CAUUGGAUAGGACUUUGUCGCUCCCCUUUCACAUAUUCCCAUUUCCUUGACACUUCUCUUUUCCAACUAUUCUGACCUUCCCAUGGUCAUCUUCGCAUACACGCACACAUACCGACUCUCUCUAUGUCUCUCUCCGUUCCUUUCUUGCUGGUUAAGAUAGUAGGUGUAGGUAGACUCCACACGAAAUUCUUUUCUAGUAUGCUUCGUAUGUAUUUCAUUGACUUGCCGUCAACAUCCUUUCUUUUCUUUUCUUUUCUUUUAUUCUCUCUCUCUCUCUCUCUCUCUGUAUAUAAUGAUGCUUUCUCUACCUGAAAUUGUACAACAUUUGCUUUUUUGAUGACCUUUAAGGAUUUUGAAACCUUAAAAAAAGCAAGGUUUUAUUGUUAUAUCUGAGCUGAAACUGAAGUGGGUAAUUUGUGGGAAGUAUAUAUACAUCGACAGAGAGAGAGACAGUGAUGAUGAUGAUGAUGGGAAGUAGUAGUGGGGAGAAGGCAGAACAGGGGAUUAAGGGAAGAGGGUUGAUAGAUGUGGUGUUUUCUUGGUCUCUUGCUGAUGUAUUCAACAAAGAUCUUUACAAGUCCAAGAUUGAGUCAAUUCCAAAGACAUUUUCAUCAACUAGAGAUUACAUGAAGUCAUUUAUUGACCCUCUUAUUGAGGAAACCCAUGCUGAUUUGCUCUCAAGCAUUAAUAUGGUGCCACAUGCACCUACCUGUGAAAUACUAGCCAUUGCAAGAUCAAAAGGCCACAAGCCUCCAAAGGACUUAUACUACACCAUUUCACUGAAGAGACUGAGUGAUACUGCAAAUACUCAUGAAGGAAUGUAUAAGCCUGAGAUUGGAGAUCUCAUUGCCUUGACAAAUGUUAGACCAAGACAUGUCAAUGACCUAAACAGGCCUAGAAGUCCUUAUGUUGUUGCUUUAGUUCAUGGUACGAAAGAUGAUUCUGAUGACAUUGCAAUACUGUCAUCCAAGCCUAUAAUGUUUGAUGCCGAUGGACAAAAGCAUAAGAUCCAGACUAAGAGAAGUCUUUUUGCUGUUUAUGUUACAAACAUGGUAACCAAUGUUCGUGUGUGGAUGUCAUUGAACUCGGAGCUGGAAGGUGGGAACAUGAACAUCAUUAAAGGAGUGCUGCACUCUGAUUGCACAACUAAGACAAAUUGUACCCAGUGUUUGUAUCAAGCGAAUAACAGUGCUGCUAUAUCCAAUGCGACUAAUGCCAUUAGCUCAUUUAAUCUGGAUGAUUCCCAAAAGGCUGCUGUUUUAAGUUGUGUUGCUACGCGAGAAUGUCAUCAUCAGAACACAGUCAAGCUAAUAUGGGGGCCUCCUGGGACUGGAAAAACUAAGACACUCGCUUCAUUAUUGUUUGCUCUAUUGGGAAUGAAAUGCAGAACACUGACCUGUGCCCCAACAAACAUUGCAGUGUUGGGAGUUACUGCAAGGCUUAUGAGUUUGAUGAGGGAUGCAACUGAGUACAAUACUUAUGGAUUGGGAGAUAUAGUUUUGUUUGGUAACGGGAAGCGAAUGAAGAUUGAUGAUCAUGAAGACCUUUAUGAUGUAUUUCUCGAUCAUCGAGUUUCUAUUCUUGCCCAUUGUUUUGCUCCACGGUUUGGGUGGACAAAUAGUUUAGAAUCAAUUAUAUGCCUAUUUGAAGACCCUAAAGAACUGUACAAUUUGUAUGUGCAAAAAGAAAGAGAGAAGGAUAAGAAGAAGGUGGGGAAAGAUAAUGGUGAUGAUGAAAAAGAGGAGGUAGAGAAGACAAAUUUUGGAAAUAGGCCUGUUGAUAGCAAUCAAGACAAAGAGGGUGAUGAUUUUUAUGAUCAAGACUUCAAAGAUUUGGAUGAAAAAGAAAUUUGGAGGAGGACCAUUGUUCAAUCCUUGAAGGCAAACAAGAACAAGAAAAAACAGAACAAUGAGACUUCUCAAAGAAAAAGUCAAUUGAAAUGUGAUAAAGGAGAGGAUAACUCCACUCAAAGCAAGGGAAAAAGAGGUGAACUGGAGAAAAAGUGCGAAAAUCUUAUGACAUUUGGAGAGUUUAUCAUGAAGCGGUAUAAAUCCAGUGGAGGACAACUAAUCUUUUAUAUUACAAGUUUGUUGACCCAUAUGCCAACCUCUUUCUUUUCAUUGGAAGUAAAAAAGAAGAUGAUUAGAGCUCUUGAUCUGCUGAAAUCUGUUGAAACUUCAUUGCAUUGUCGUGCUAUUGCAGAUAAGGGUUUGAGAGAAAUCCCCAUUUAUGGAGUUGACGGUGUAGGAAACGAUAUUGUUUCCGCUAUGACAGAGUGCUGUCAAAUACUCAAAUCCCUUCACAAAAGUCUAUCCGUGCCAAAUAUUACUGAACAUGAUCAAAUACGAAGUUUUUGCUUGCAAAAUGCCUGUUUGAUAUUCUGCACUGCCUCAAGCUCGGCUAAAUUGCACACAGAAGGAAUCGCACCACUGGAACUUUUGGUUAUUGAUGAAGCUGCUCAGCUCAAAGAAUGUGAAUCCACUAUUGCCUUACAACUUCCUGUGCGCCACGCUAUACUCAUUGGGGAUGAACUACAACUAUCUGCAAUGGUCCAGAGCAAGAUAUGCCAGGGGACUGAAUUUGGAAGAAGCUUAUUCGAGAGGUUGGUACUAUUAGGACACAAGAAACAUCUUCUUAAUGUCCAGUACAGAAUGCAUCCAUCAAUAAGCUCAUUUCCGAAUAGGGAGUUCUAUGACAACAAGGUUUUGGAUGCUCCGAAUGUCAAGCAGAGAACGUAUGAGAAGCGUUUUCUUCAAGGAAACAUGUAUGGCUCCUAUUCUUUCAUAAAUGUAACCAAUGGCAUAGAGGACCUAGAUAGCAAACAUAGCACAAAAAAUAUGGUGGAGGUAGCUGUGGUUGCAGAGAUUGUUUCAAACCUUUUUAAAGACUCUGUGGCCUCAAAACAGAAGGUCCGGGUUGGUUGCAUAUCUCCAUAUAAGGCUCAAGUGUUUGCACUUCAAGAAAAACUUGGAAAAACAUACGACAUAGAUGGAAACAGUGACUUCUCUGUAAGUGUCCGAUCUAUUGAUGGGUUUCAAGGUGGUGAGGAGGAUCUAAUAAUCAUCUCUACAGUGAGAUGUAACCGCCGUGGAUCUGUGGGCUUCCUUUCCAAUUGUCAAAGAACCAAUGUGGUUCUCACUCGAGCAAGGCAUGGUCUCUGGAUAUUGGGGAAUGGUGCUACUUUAAUGAACAGCGGCACUGUCUGGGAGAAAUUAGUCCUAGAUGCCAAGGCUCGGGGUUGUUUUUAUAAUGCUAACAAUGAUAACAACUUGGCUCAAGCUGUUGUAGGUGCUUUAGUUGAGCUCAACCAACUUGAUACAUUACUCAAAAUAGAUUCCCCUUUAUUUAGCGAUAUGAGAUGGAAGGUUCGUUUUGGUGAUGAUUUUGUGAGAUCAAUGACUACAAUGAAAAACAUAAACACUUGUAAGGAAGUGUUUUCUCUCUUAAUAAAGCUUUCAAGUGGCUGGCGAGAGCAUGAUCAUCAAAUGGACAACGUUCUAGACAUGAAUGGGACUUGUUCUCAACUGUUGGACGUGUACAAUGUCAAUGGAUUUCUAAAUCUCAUAUGGAGUGUAGACAUUGUCAGGGAAUAUUCAAAAUACACUCAGGUUCUAAAAGUUUGGGACGUUCUACCACUGACCGAGAUACCAAAACUAGCUAAGCGCGUUGACACGAUAUUUGUGGAUUAUGAAGUUGAGAAGAUCAACCGGUGCAAAUGCAAAAAAUUUGAAGGGAAUUUAGUAGUUCCAGAGACAUGGCCAAUCGGCUCAACUGAUCAUGUACUGUUCUUAGAAAGCCAAGUAGCUUCAUUGAGUCUGAAGGAUGAGCCUGGAUCAUCAAAUAGUAGUAGGAGCACAGGAAGACAAAAAGAAGAAGUAGAAGGAAGAGAUGUUUGGAAAAAAUUGGAUUCUGAAUUGUUGGAAUGACAGGCUAUUUAUAGCCAACCAUGCACUUGUUCGAGUAGGCCUAGGUUGCUGCUCGGCCAUGGCCGGAAAGUUGUGAUCGAAACGGUAUUGGUUCAGAAAGGAAAUGAAUUUGAAUUUGAAAUUUUGGCGCAAAUUUUGAAU